AAUAAAGUUAAUUUAUUUAGAUUUUUCAGUGAAGAAAAAAAGUUUUACGGCUUCUAGUAACCAAAAUAUAAUGGAAUUACUUGUAGCAGGAUUUGACGAUAUCAAGUUUAAUGUCGAAGUAGCUUUAGAUGAACAACAUGGGGCUUUACCUUUACCAUUCAAUGGGAUGGACAAAUCUAUUGCUGCAGUAUGUUCAUUUUAUCCAAAAGGAAAUUGUUUGAAAGGAGCAUUAUGUCCAAUGAGGCAUGUGCGAGGUGAUAGAACAAUUGUUUGCAAACAUUGGUUACGUGGCCUGUGUAAAAAAGGGGAUCAAUGUGAAUUCUUACAUGAGUACGAUAUGACUAAAAUGCCGGAAUGUUAUUUCUAUGCACGAUUCAAUGCCUGUCAUAACAAAGAAUGUCCAUUUUUACAUAUUGAUCCUGAAAGUAAAUUAAAGGAUUGUCCAUGGUAUGACCGAGGAUUUUGCCGCCAUGGUCCACAUUGUAAACAUAAACAUGUUCGUCGUGUACUUUGUAUGAAUUAUGUAGCAGGAUUUUGUCCUGAUGGUCCAAACUGUAAAUUUGUACAUCCAAGAUUUGAACUUCCUGCUUAUCAACAACAUGAUGUAAAUCAAAAAGAUUCAAAGAAACUUGUUGUAAUUUGUCAUUUUUGUGGUGAUACUGGGCACAAAGCUAUGUACUGUCAUAAAAUGGUGUCAGAUCUUGUUAAAAUUAAACCAGAAUUAGAGUCUAAUGAACCAUUGCAAACAAAUAAUCAACCAGGAUUUAAUAGAAAACUAAAACCAUUAGAAGAAGUUACUUGUUAUAAGUGUGGAUUUAAGGGUCAUUAUGCCAAUAAGUGUCCAAAAGGUCAUUUAGCAUUUUUGUCUCUACAACAAAAUCAAGCUAUCCAAAAUAAUCAAGGAACAUGACUUGAUUAGUGAAAGUUAAAAUAUAUUCUUAGUAAUUUAUGUAUAUACAUUUUUGUUCAAUGUGGUAUAUAAAAUAAUUAUAAUUAUUAUUCGAUAGAAGAUUGAUUUUAUUAUUUUGUAAGAGAUAAGUUUUGACAAUAAAUCUUUUAGAUGGACCUAUUUUUAAAAAAAAAUGUAUAUAUAUAUGUAAAUCAACAUAUCAGUAUAUACCUUAUAAAUAGAA